AUGUCCCCUCUCCAUCUCCAUUUCAAGACCGAGGAGAGCCCCCUCGACAUCCUCCCCGAACUCGACGGUACUCCUUUCGGAAGAGAAUCGCCGGUGAGCUUCAUGACGGACUGCUCGUCCAUGUCGUCCAGCUUUCUCUGUGACUCUUCCAUGAUGGGGCCUCAGGGUCUCCGCCGCUCCUCGCUCGGAUCGUGCAGCAGCAUGACCUCGCCGGACAUGUUCUUCACCCCGUCCGCGAGGACCGCGAGUCCCGUCACGCCCAUGACCAGUGACGCCGCGGUGCACAUGUCCUGCCCGAAAUAUAUGAAGACGGCGUCGUCGUCCUACUUGGAGAGCUGUCAUCCCAUGUUCCAGCUUCAGGACGCCGGGCAAUACCCUGGCGACUGCGUCUGGUUCGACGGGGCGAGCUCCCCUCUGGGCCUGCCGAUGAUGACGACGACCGGCAUGCCGGACAUGAUCCUACCUCCGGUCCACCACACGCUGUACGAGUCGAAACAGCACGUCGGAAGCAAGGUCGUGUCCAAUCCGAUGUUGACCAAGUCCAUCUUCGACGAACCUCUGAACCCGGCGGCCGUCGCAACAAUGUACGGCGGUGUGAACCCCCACCACCACCACGACCUGCUGCACGCCAACCUGGGUCAUCCACCUCCUCCGGAGACCAUCGAACCCAGUGUGACCUUUCAGAGGAUCCUCCCCAGCUCUCUGAGCUACAAAGUCGAGCCAUCCACCCCGAUGAAGAUCAAGGUCUUUCCCACAGCCAUGUUGAGCAGCAGCCCUCCUCUACCGAUCAUGUCCCCUCGUAUCGUUCCCACACAAUCUCACGACGUGGAAGACAUGCCGUACGCCGACGUCGAGCAGCUGUUCCGGUUCACUUCGGGCAAGGGAGGUAACAGUCGGUCGCACCACCAGCACGACCGGCUGCACCGCCGAGGGUACGAGCGCAAGAACGGCGGUGGCGUUCAGGCGUCGUCGUCGAAACGCAAUAAGGUCAAGACCGCCACCUCUGGGGUCAACUGUACCCCCGUCAUCGAGGGGAACCCCUUCCCGUGCAGCUACCCGGGGUGCAUCGACAAGGGCACGGGGAGACAAAAGAGGUUCAAACGGCAGGAACACCGCAAACGGCACGAAAAGACCGUCCACGAGAAGCACGAGAACGACAUCUACAAAUGUUGGGUCCCCGAGUGCCACAAACCUUUCUCGCGGACCGACAACUUGAAAAGUCAUUUGAGAAACACCCAUUCCAAAAAGCCCGGCGUCCGGGGGAACCGGUACGUCGCCACGCUGGACAGGAACAGCGAGUACUACGACCCGGAUUGGCAGGGGGACCUCGACAGAAACGGGUACCCUAUCCGGUGAGACAAGACUUCCAGUCGGAGGUCCAGGUGUUGUUGAAGGGCGAGUAACUUGUAAAACAAAUCAUCAAUCACCAAAAAAGGUCAAAAAGAGUCCAAGUUGGCGUCAAGGGAAUGUCAUCUUCUGUCAUCGUUUGAGGUAUUUUGACGCGUCAGGGAUAGGGUCAUGUUUGGGAUGACAUGAUACUCUUUCUUCAAAGUGAAAUAGCAAAGCAAAGCAAUACCUAGCUACCUGGAUGGGCAUUUCGUUGGGUCGGUCCCAUGUAAUAACAGUCUCGUUUAUUGAUAGCGCUGUUUCACCGGUCAUCGAGAAAAG